ACUCCUGCAGUCGCAUCCCCGAAGUGAAUUCAGACGGUACAACUCCAGAUUAACACGAGGAAUAUCAUUUUUCGACAAUCCAACGUUGUGAUUUUUCUAUUUAUUUUUUUUUUUAUUUGACAUUGAGUUUUUCAUUGAGUUCUUCAAGAAAACGGAGAUGUCAGUCAGCAACGUGAUCCUAUUUUCCUUUGCUGGGAUACUGUGGAGCUGUGUAUUGGGACUACAACGACCAGCACCGAGAUACUCCCAGCAAUUCAUGCCGGAAACCUCGUUUACCUGUCGCAAUAAGAUCGUGGGUAGUUACUAUGCCGAUCCAGAGACGGACUGUCAGUUGUUCCACGUGUGUGCUUCCGUCGCCGGGGUUGUCCAGGAUUACAAGUUCUUAUGUCCAAACGACACAGCGUUCGAUCAAGAAUCGCAGACAUGCGCGGAUUGGUACGACGUGGACUGCGAGGCAGCUACACUUUACUACGCCUCCGAUAAUUUUGACCUCUACCGGCUAGGCUCUGGACUGGAAUCAGUUCAUUAUGACUCCUUGCGAAGUGAUGCUGAGCCCCAGGAUCAUCUCCAACGCAGUGAGUCGAAUGACCCCGUGCGUUCCGCCGCCAACAGUCUGAAUCGCGUCAGCCCCACCUUCGCUUCACAAUCAAAUUCCAACAACCGCGAUAUCCUCCGCGGUAGCAGCAGCAGCAACUACUACAACAGUAGGAACAAUGUCAAGGAUGACGACUACGACAGCGAAAAAAGCUACCAAGAUGAGCCGAUCGUUGAGCCGAAGAAGAAACCCGGUGUGAGAAAGAUCGCCCGAAAGCAGCAGUACAGCAACAACAACAACAACGACGCACCAUCUAGCACGUUAGCACCAUCAUCAACAACGAACUACAACGCGUACAACAACAGGAACUACUACAACCAUAGAACAACGUACGAUACCACAACAACAGCUCGUCCAACUCAGGAUUAUAGCAAUGACAACAGUAAUUAUAACAGGAACUACUACAAUCAUCAGAGAACAACGUACGAAACCACAACAACAGCCCGACCAACAUCGGACUACAAUGGCAAUCAACGAAGUCAGAAUCAAAAUGCCCAGAAGUACGCGGCACCUUCGACCUUCAGACCACCAACAACUCAGCAGUACAGUACCUAUCAGGCACCCAGUACAACAGCUAGAACAACAUCCAACAACAACUACAAUCAGCAGAAUACAAACUAUCAGACAGUAUCGACAACGGUAAAACCAUUUACAUUCAGCCAGAACUACCAACAUGGAACUUCACCGAGACCAACGACUUACAAUCAGAAUUAUCAAGACAACUUCAGCUCGUCCAAUGGACAAUACAACAAUCAGAAGGGGCAGUACAAUCAAGGCUCACGAGCCCAACCAACGACUGUUGCACCAAGUACAAACUAUCAGCAAACUGAUUUAACUGGAUUCCAGCAGAGGAACUACAACAACAUUCAGAGAUCCACCACUGCAUUCCCAAGUACCACUACUGCUAGCACUUUUUACGAUGCGUACAGUGCAAAUAAUCAGUUCACCGGAAAGACAAAUGGUGUGACUAAACAGAAUGCUCAGACUACUAACAAUAAAUAUCAGAGUUUCUCCACUGGAAUCUAUGUGCCAACUACUUAUGCACCCAUAACUAAGAAAGUGAAUGAGGGAAGUGGAAGAGGAGGAGAUCGGUAUAACGGUCAGGAUUCCAAUGGACAAUUCUCAGACAAACCUGUCAAACCCGCACCAUUCUUUGACGUCACCAAAGCACCCAAGAAGGUUACACAGUACAAUAAUUAUGAUAAUACAGCCAAGUACUUUGAGGCGAGUACGACAAAUUAUGAUUUUGGAAGAUCGGCAUCGGGAAUCGGAUUCAGCCCUUCAAGCAUCAAUCUAUUGGCUGAGACCCCGAAGACUACUACGCCUGUACCAAGACGAAAUGGCUCACCCACAACAUACAAUCCUGUUAGCUUCAAUGGUAAUAAUCAGAGGGGAACACAACAGCAGACAACACGAUCAUCAACUCACAGCAGCUCAGCUAGGCCAUUCUCCACAACUGCCAAGUUCACUGAUGCCACUACACCACGACCUAAAGCACCCAAGAAGAAUGAUUACGAUUACGCGUAUUACGACAAUGCUGGUACACUGGAGUAUGAUGGCCUUGAUUUGGAGCACGUUGCCGGUGGCAAGGAGUCAGCAAAAAUAGCGAGGAAUUAAUUACCGUCAUGAAGUUUAUGCAAGAACAGAGUUACAUGUAUUUUUAUAGAAACUUGUUCUGGAAAUUUCGCAAUUUUUCUUUCAAGGCGUUGCGACAAUUUUUUGGAAUUUUGUGUCUGGUGGCCAGUAAGCGUCAAUUCGGGUUUGCAAGGCGAUGUUUGUGGUUUGAUUCGAGUGGUAAUCUGAUAUCACUUCCGGUGAGCAAGAUGGCGCAUCUAAAAUUUCGAUAGCAUAUCCUAGGGCUCGCACUUGGCGAUUUCAUUCAGUCGUUUUAUUAGUUCUUUCUUCGAUUACGUAUUUCUCAAAGUUUCAGGGAGUUCAGUUGAAAGGAAGAUUAUGAAUAUGUUCUUGUCGAAUCAUUUCAAUUAGGUUUCCGCCUAUUGGAUCGCUUUUACGAGGAAAGCGUCUGAGGAUCGAGUAAUUUUAUGAAUAAUUAUCGACAAGACAUUGGUAGAAGUGUAAGAACCAACUAAUUAACGUCUGGUGAAUCGUUUUGUGCUUAAUGAAGGUUUUUAGUUAUUUUUGAAAUAAUAGUUUCCACACUUUAGGUUUUUCAUUAAAUUUCGUGCGACAAUUUUUCUCACUCCAUUGGGGAUAUUCAUGUUCUUGUUUUCCUUUUUUUUUCGUCAGUAUUUAUAGAGUAGAUUUGAAAUUUUAUGGUUUGUUGACAUUUAUGGCAAUUUGGAACAGGAGAUUAUUAGGUAUGAUAAAUCGGUGGGUGGAUGGUAAUUCCGUGCUAAUAAUUAUAUUUGAAUGCGGAAAUAUUUUUUUGUACAGGAUGAAAUUCAUGACAGCAAAGCCCUGUUGAUAUUUCUUGUCACGAUCAUUUAUCAACAUUUUUUUCUUUCAGAUAUUUAAAGAAUAAUUUGCAGUUUUCAAUUUCCAUCUUAUUUCUUCAUUUUGAGGAUUUAAUUUCCUUCGCUUCAUUGAACGUUUGAAAAUAUCAAAUGGCAAUAACAUCAGCUGAACGUUAUGAUCACGUGUUUGUCCUUUCCAAUAAUUUUUGGAAAAUUAUUUGUACAAGGUGCCGCACGAAAUACGUUGGAUAAAUUAUCGAAUUGUAUAUUUUGCAGUUCUGUCUAUCCUUAUUAUCCGUACUGAGUGUAUAUAUAUUAUAAAUAUUUUAAUUAAUAAAAAGGAAAAA